AUGGCUAUUUUUUCAUCACUAGCUGGUUUCUUUAAUCGCAAUAAAAAGAAAAUAUUAAUUACAAGUGCUUUUGGUAUUUCAGUUUAUUUAUUAAUUAAUGAAUUUAUUAUUAAAAAAAUUCGAUAUUAUCAAAAUACAUUAAAACAAGAAUGGUUAUUUAAACAACAAAUUAAACAAAGAUUUAUUCAAACUCAACAAGAUUGUUAUUAUACUUUAUUGGCAUUAUUACCUGUAUUAUCUAAGGAUGUUAUUGAAGCAUUACCAGUUGAAUUAAUAACUCAAGCUUUAAGAUUGAAAAAAACGGGAACUACCGAAGUUAAAAAUAAUAAUGCUACUACAGAUGAAUUGACUACUGAUAAUUUAAAUUUAUUAGAUAAUAAUAAUAAUCCCAAAUCUAACUUAUCAGUCUAUUUAUCAAAAUCAAAAAUUGAAUUAUGGAAUUUAUUAAAAAUUAAAACUUUAACAAGAACUUUAACUUUAAUAUAUUCAAUUAGUGGAUUAUUAUUAAUUACAAGAUUACAAUUGAAUAUUUUAGCAAGAAGAUCAUAUUUAGAAAGUGCAAUACAAAUGGCUGGAGUUAAACAACCAAUUAAUAAUGAUUUUAUUGAUCCUCAUGAAAAUUAUAUUAUUGAACAAUCUUAUUUAUCAUUAAGUUGGUGGGUUUUAAAUAAAGGUUGGAUUAAUCUUAAUCAGCUUAUCGAAACUUUGGUUAUUAAAAAAUUUGAAAAAAUUAACCCAAAGACAGAAUUGACAAUUUUAGAAUUUGAAAAUAUUUUAACAGAUAUUAUAAAUGAAUUAAAUAUAAAUAAUAAAGAAUAUAUUUUAACAAAUUUAUUUCCAAUUAAUUAUCCAGAUUUAUUAGAAACUAUAAUAAAUACAAAUCCAGAUUUAAUUCAACAAUUAGAAACACAACAAAAUGAUUCAAAUAUAAUGAAAUUAAUAAAUGAAACAAAUUCAAUUAUGUUGGAUUCUAAUUUAUUCUUUUUUGAUUUAUUUAACAACCUAAUUUUUACAAAUUUGAAUAUUUUAAUUAAUCAAUUAGUUAAUAGUAUGGGUUCUAAUAAUUUAUCAUUAUUAAUGUCACUGGGAGAUUUAAAAGAAACAGAAUCAAAAAUUGUUGAAAUACCUAAUAAAUCAUUUAAAUUAGCUAGUUAUUUAGCUCAAUUAUCAAUACAAAAUAAUAUAAUGAUUGAUAAUAAUGAUCAAACAAUAACAGAAGAAUAUCCAAAGAGUAAUGAAGUUGAUGAGAUUGAAAAUUUAAUACAAAAUUUAAAUAAUGGAGGAAUAAAUAAUGAAGAACAAGAUGAAUUUAAAGGUAAUAUUUAUAUUAAUACAUUAAAUGAAUUAGAAGAUUUAGAUGAAUUUAGUGCUGGUAUAUAUUCAAAUUUUGAGUAG